AUGUCCAAGGUCCUUACCCGUUUCACCACUCGAAGCGGGUUGGAAGUGACCAUGGCGACACUGCAAGAGUCCCUGCUGGAAGAACCUGUUGGCAGGCGGCUGAAGCGCGCGAAGACGCUUUUACUGACCUACUGGGAGCCCGUAGAGUAUGCCAUCGCCAAAGGUGCGGUCACAAUGACAGCUCUUCUAGCAACCAUGGUUGGCUUGUCUAUGAGCUACAUCUAUGAGCUGGAUGAUGACUUGGACGGAGAUCUCAAUGACAAGGCCGGCGGCUGGGCGCAAGACCUCCUCUUGGCCUUGACCAGCCUGCUCUUUGUCUUGUCUAGCCAAGUGGUAGUCAAAGACACCUUCCUGAUCUUCUACGUGGGAACUGCGAUGGCCUAUGGCCUGGGUGCUAUAGCUCACUUCCUGGAAGAUUCUACGGGGGCGGCUGGGCUGACGGCCUACUACGUCAUCAUGACGUUGGCUUUCGGUGGCGACGCCUUGCGCUCAGCACUGGGCUACGGCCUGAAGUGGUCCUCUCUGGUGAAGUGCCAGUGCAUCUUCGCCGCGCUCAUCUUCGGGUGUCUCUGCGCCUCUGCCUUUGCGACCCUUUGGAAACUGCUGCAUGGCCAUCCGGCCAGUGAAGUCAGGGAAUCGCACCUGGGCUUGGCGUACAAAAGCACGCAGAUUGGGAUGGGCUUUGUGGAAAUGUCGGGGUCCAUGGUGUGGUAUCACUCCGUCCGCUUGGAACUCGGCCCGUGGUCCAUGAUUCCCGCGGCCAUGAACGUGUCGGCCUGGCUGCUGGUGAAGUUCCAGCCUUUGUUUCAUGCGGCCCUGGGCAUCAAGACCACGAUCUCUCAUCAAUUGGCCCACUACAUGCAGGCGGUGGCCAAAGUGGUGGGCCUGGAGUUCCUUCCGGAGAAGGUGCAGCAGACUGGGGUGGCCUAUCGCGAGCACAACCUGGCCUUCCAGGCCAGCCUGGAGCUGGUGAUUGCUGGCUGCUCAGUCAUGGAGUUCUGCAACACCGGUGACCUGCGAGGAGAGGUGAAGCGACGGACGCAGGUGAAGCCUCCGGACCUGAUCCCGGAAGCCCGGCUCAUGGCGUGGUUCGUGCAGAUGACCCUGGCCCUGAACUACAUGUGGUCCCCGGUGUACUGGACCAUUGUGGAAGUGCUCUUUCACUGGCGAUCACUGGCCAUGUCGGAGGCAUCAAGCCUGGUGGGCUCAGUGUCCGUGCAGUCGCUGCACCGAGCCUCUGUCCUGAGGAUUCGACAGCCCGGCUGCUCAGCUGCCUCAGCAGGCGCCGCAGUGCUGCGCUCGGGGGUGGUGCUGGUGCUGCAGGGCACGCUGCUUCAGCUGCUGCUCCAGGAGUCCUGUGCGCCCGGCUGCGCGGUUCAGGACAUGUGUCCCAGGGGCACCGCCUGCAUGGGCGGCCGCUGCAGCGCUUGCCAGGAUUUCGGGCAAAAUGUCGAGCGACUGCUGCAGCACGUGGGCGCUCCCAGCGGCGACUUUGCAUGCACUGCCAAAGUGGAUCUCGUCGCCCUGAGGCGAGAAGAGGCGGACCUGCAGCAACACGCUUGCCACAUCCAAGCGAAGUGCAGCAGCGAUGUCUUCGAAGAGUGCGACUACGUCACCUACACGCUGGCGGCCUGGCGGCCGGCAGCGCAGGUGGCAGUAGCUUUGCUGGGCUGCCUGGCCUGGCUGCCACAGCUGCGGAGCCUUCAAGAGGCGCAGCUGGCGGAGGAGGUUUUGGAGGAGGAGCCUGAAGCUGGGCCGUUUCUUUUGAACUUGGCGGCCGCCUACAUGAAGAUAGUGCUCCGUGCCCGGGCUGGGCUCUUCUGGCUGCUCUGCGGUGCUUGCGCGGUGCGGCUGCUCAAUGACCCGAGCCCCUUGGGGCUGUGGGUGCUGCUGCCGGUGAUGUUGGCAGAGGCCCUUUGGCCGUGCCAGUUUGAGCGGCCCAACUUGACGGCCAACUUGGCCAAAGACAGUGAGCCGACGGCUCAACUGCUGCUGACUGGCCUGGGGAGUUAUGCUGUCAUGCUGCUUUUGGCUUUCUGCUUCGAGGAUUGCAUGCGCUGGGCCAACCCGGCGGUGCAGUUCUGGGGCAGCGGUGUCGGGGGCUUGGACUGCGACAUGGUCCUUGGAACGGUGGAGGCUUUCACCACCAUGGCCGCAUUGGCUGCAUUGCUGCUGGCGACAUGCUACAACCUGCUGGCUGGGUUGGGCCGGGGCUGCUUGCGCCAGGCGUGCCAGAAGGCGGUCCUCUCCUGGGUGGGGGUCUUUUGGCUUCUGGGCCUUUGCCACUUCCUGGCGGCGCCCGGAGACUUGAGCGCCUCCCUGGCCUUUGGGGUUCUCUUCCUCCCCGGCAUGGUGUACCCGUGGUGGGCUGCCCUUCGCAAGUGCAGGGUUUCAGGAAAGCCUUUGGACGCGGUUUGUGUCCACAGCAGUUUGAGCGCACUGCAUCGGCUUCGCGGCAAGCGCCAAGCCUCCUUUACCCUGGCUUGA